AUGCAAAACCAAAGUUUUGUAACUGAGUUUGUUUUUCUUGGACUUUCCAAGAACCCAUAUGCCCAGAAAGUCAUUUUUGUUGUAUUUCUGUGUAUCUACAUUGCAACUGUCUGUGGCAAUCUGCUGAUUGUGGUGACCAUCCGCAGCACUCCAGCUCUCCUGGGUUCCCCAAUGUACUUCUUCCUGUCUUUCCUGUCCUUCCUGGAUGCAUGCCAUACCUCUGCUACUACUCCCAAAAUGAUUAUAGACUGUCUCUAUGAGAAGAAAACCAUCUCCUUUGGAGGGUGUAUGACACAGGUCUUUGCUGUGCAUUUUCUUUCAGGGACAGAGGUGAUUGUUUUAACAGCCAUGGCCUAUGACAGGUAUGUGGCCAUCUGCAAGCCCUUGCACUAUUCUUCCAUCAUGAACUCAAGGCUCUGUGGCAUUCUGAUUGCAGUAGCCUGGACAGGGGGAUUUCUGCAUUCAAUCAUUCAAAUUCUCUUUACUUUUCAGCUACCCUUUUGUGGCUCCAAUGUCAUGGAUAACUUUAUGUGUGACUUGUACCCAUUAUUGAAACUUGCCUGCACUGAUACGUAUGUCUUCGGUCUUUUGGUGGUGACAAACAGUGGAUUCUUCUGUAUCCUCAUCUUCUCCAUGUUGCUUGUGUCCUAUAGUGUCAUCUUGUUCUCCUUGAGAAAACACAGCACUGAAGGCCAGAGGAAAGCCCUCUCUACUUGUGGAGCUCAUAUUGCUGUUGUAGUUUUGUUCUUUGUUCCAUGUAUAAUUGAGUAUGCACGGCCUCCGUCUAAUUUAUCCUUUGACAAAAUAUUGGAGGUCUUCUACACUGUCCUAACUCCUCUACUUAAUCCUUUGAUUUAUACUUUCAGGAAUAAGGAAGUAAAAAGUGCCAUAAGGAGACUUUGGAACAAAAUAAUAUUUGUGUCGGUUGAGAAGUAA